AUGGCGAGGCCGAGGCGUGACGAAAAGCCACAAGCAGCUCAGGCUUGCAGUGCUGCUCCAGCGUCCAGGCUCUAUAAAAAGUCGUGGUCGUCCCCGACACGGGGGGAAGUCGCAAACGGUAUGCGAGAAAUGAUGUUCUGUGGCGCGGGCAGCUUCAAGGACGUCGACAAGGAGGAGGGCGCGGCCGGCGCCGGCGCCGGCGGAGGGAAGCCGUCCGCCAAGGCGAAGACGAAGGCGGGCGGCAAGGCGAAGCAGGGGAAGAACAACAACCCCUACGCGUCGCGGGGGCUGGACAAGUUCUCCGUCGUGCUGUCCGAGCUGAAGUCCAAGCGGGAGAAGAUCCUGCGGCGCGUCGGCUCGGACGUCGACGCCGACCAUCUCAUGGUCCGGUUCGUGCAGUCGGAGAAAAAAGGGUGGGUGCCCAUCGUCGUCAAGCUCCCGCACGAGGAGGAGCAGCAGGCUGCCGACGGCGCCAAGAAGAAGCAGAGCAAGCAGGCCAGCAAGCCGGCCUCGCAGUCGUCGACGCCGCCCACGGAGCCUUCCAGCCCCAAGGAAGACCCCGUGGCGGUGCAGGCGAAGGCAACCGUGCCGCCGGCGAAGAAGAGUAAGGCCGGCGGCGUGCGGUGGUCCUGGGCCUGGGGAAGGAAGAUGAUGAGGCCGUGCCAUUACUGGCCGCUGGCCAUGACGCUGCUGCUGCUGUGCCUCGUGGUGUUCGGGAGGGUGUUCGCCAUCUGCUGCACCUCCAUUUGGUGGUACCUCUUGCCCAUCUUGAGCGGGGAGGAAGCCCUGAGCGCGGGGAGAUCACCGGCGACGAAGCCCCGCAAGGAUGUGGGCUUCAAGGCCGGCGACAAACUAGCGGUGGCGCCGCCUAAUUCGCAUGGCAAGAGGAGCAGCAGCGCUGGCGCCGCUCAUGAGAUGAUUUCACCGAGAAGCCAUGCACAUCGAAAGAAGGGGUAA